GUGCGUUUUUUUUUUCUUGGUUUGGAUCGAUUAAUCGACGUAAAUUAUUCGUUCGCUUCGAUUAUUGGUUGCGCAGUAUUUGUCGAUUAAUAAUCGAUUUCUGUAUGAAGUAUUCGAUUAAUCGAACGAUUAUCAGGAUUCAGGGAUCACUGUACACGCCCCGCCUAAGCCACGCUGAAACACUGUUGCAGUGAGAACAGGGCCUAUAGGUUAUCACAACAUUCACUCAUCGACACGCCGUGUUUACAAAAUAUAGAGUGCAGUAAACAAACACAAACGUUCCGCAACUAGCAGCAUGUUAGGCAAUCAUCGAGUUCUACUGCGGAUGAAGCCAAUUCUCCGGCAUGUGGCUAACGUUCGAUGGAACCACAGUGCUCCCGAUGGCACCCUGGCAGAGAACUAUAUCCGUAAUAUUGGGAUUUUAGCGCAUAUCGAUGGCGGUAAAACAACCACAACGGAACGUAUGCUGUACUAUUCCGGGAAGACCAACGUACUGGGAGAGGUCCAUCAUGGUAACACCGUUACGGACUUCCUGGAACAGGAGCGUGAGCGCGGUAUCACCAUAUGUAGCGCUGCGGUUAGCUUCGAAUGGAAGGAUCACCGGAUAAAUUUGCUGGAUACCCCCGGUCACAUUGAUUUUACGAUGGAAGUGGAACAAUCGCUCGGUGCGGUGGACGGCACCGUCGUGAUAUUGGACGGAUCGGCGGGAGUUGAGGCGCAAACCGUUACCGUGUGGGGGCAAGCGGAUAGACAUAAAUUGCCUAGGGUGGUUUUUGUCAAUAAGAUGGACAAAGACAGUGCCGAUUUCGAGGGAUGCUUGCAGGACAUGAAAAAGAAGCUCGGUAUUGUUCCUCUGCCCUUGCAGUUGCCUUUGAUGGAUGGAGGAAAGCUUGCAGGUAUUAUAGACAUUCUAUCAAGAACUCAAAUAGUUUGGGAUAAAAACACAAAUGGUCGCACGUACCGAAGAAAAGGACUCAACGAGAGUUCUCUGAUAGAAGCUCAAGGAAAACUUCACGAUAUAAUCGAUGUGCUUUCGGGAAAAGACGAUUUGCUAGCUCAAGCAAUAAUUGAAUCUGAUAGUAUGGAAAACGUGAAGCCCGAGCUCCUGUUAGCUGCUAUUAGGACAUGUACUAUGAAGCAACUGGUUGUGCCGGUGCUUUUAGGUUCCGCAUACAAAAACAUUGGAGUACAACUUCUGAUGGAUGCGGUGCUAAAAUAUUUGCCAGCACCAAAUGAGAGGAACGAAAUUUAUGACUGUUUUGGCUCCGAUUUUGUGGGAAAGGUUUUUAAAGUGACUCACGAUAAGCAGCGAGGUCCGCUGAGUUUGAUUCGGGUUUUCCGUGGAAGUGUAAAAAAAGGCGCAAAAAUUACCACUGCCAAAGGAGUCACAGAAACCAUCCAAAGAAUCUAUGCACCGUGGGCGGACGAGUAUCGUGAAAUAGCCACCGUUGGUGCAGGUAAUAUAGGCCUAUGCGCUGGCCCAAAGUCAACUGUGACGGGAGACUUGGUGGUAACAAAUGCUUCAUCACUGAAAAAUGCAAUCAAAAAAUUAGACGCGUUAUCAUCCAGGGAUGAAGAAAAUGAUUUGGGCGUUAUUGUCGCAUCGAAAUUGUCGCUCUGCACUGUGGUUCCUGAUGCUGUUUACUUCUGCUCAAUUGAGCCUCCUUCUUCGGCAUAUCAAACGGCACUAGACAAUGCUUUGAGAGAGUUGCAACGUGAAGAUCCCAGUCUACGGGUGUCGUAUGACGAAACUACUAUGCAAACGGUACUAGGGGGCAUGGGCAGGCUACAUUUGGAAAUAAUUAAAUCUAGGAUUUUAACAGAGUAUAAAAUAGACGUCGAUCUUGGACCUCUUCAAAUUGCCUAUAAAGAAACGUUAGAGCAGCCCAUUCGAGGCUGCUGGGCGGCUGAGAAAGAAAUCGUGGGAAGUAAGCAACUUGUACAGAUGGAAGUCACAAUCCAUGAAAAGCGAAACCACGAAAAAUUCCACUUGGACAACUCUCCAGAGGCUCAGGAUAACUUAAAGCUUGUACGACCUAAGCAGAUGUCGUUUGUGCGGAAAGGUACCCUUGCUGCCUUGGAGCGUGGACCGCGACUGGGAGGGCAACUGACGAACGUCGCGGCAACACUUCACCACCUAGUAAUUGGCAAGGGAACCUCCGAUACGUUCAUAAUGGCAGCUACGGCACAGUGCGUAAGGCAUGUUCUUUCCACGGCAAACUGCCGGCUGCUGGAGCCUGUAAUGUUGCUAGAAAUUGCGAUGCCCUCGGAGUAUUUGAAUGCUAUCCUUGCGGAUUUGAGCCGGAGGCGCGCAACAGUGGAAGAUGUGCAAUAUCGCGGUCCCAGCCACAAAGUGUUACUUGCAAAUGCGCCUCUCGCGGAACUAGAUGACUAUUCCAGUGAGGUGCGAUGUAUCAGCUCUGGGACGGCAAGCGUAUCGAUGCAACCUAACGGGUACGUGAUGCUUAAUGAGAUGGAUGAAGCGACCGCUAUUCGGAGGGCUCAUGGAUUAGAAUAAAAUAUUUUUGUUAGCGUUUUCUUCUUGGAACAUUUCUGCUGAUAAGAGAAAGCCCUCAUGAUUUUCUACUGUACAAUAGUUGUUCAACGCGAUGAUAGCACCUGUUACUGUUAAAAAGCCCUUUUGAGAAGUCCUCAAUACCGAGUUUUCCACGAGGAAACAGAAGUACCUUAAGGUUUUGUUCUUGCCGUCAGUCCCUUUCUCGCCGCCAUGAAUAGCCUGUUUACGCGGACGACUUUGUUCUGAUGGCAGUGGGUGACACCCAUAGGAUUCCGCGCAUCAGGAUACAGGCAGCUUCCAAUGCCAUCGGCCGAGAGAGAAUUUAGACUUUCAGCGCAGAAGAGCGGCCAUAUGGUGAUAUGAAGCGACAGACAUCAGGGUCCCAACUCCAAGGUAAAAAAAUAUACAAAAACACAAAUACACUGAAGACCAGCAUUUUUCACUGAUCCGUUCAGUCAGAGUUUUGUUGGUUUGAAUUUGGCGCUUGAAAAUCGUUUAAAUUCAAUGAACAAAUUAUUGACACAUGGUUCACUCUGUCUGCACAUGAUAUGGAGCCAUUUCUUCAUAGUAAAUGGUACAUGGUCCGCUCUGACUGCAUUUUAU